AUGUAUCAGCUGCAGAUAGCCUCUCCCACGCACCAGGUAACGCCGCAGCCGGACAGCUGGUACAGCGCGGAGCCCAGCUCCAAGCAUGCGCGCAGCACCUCCCUGGAUGGCAUCAGACACGGCUCCAUGCAGGGCCUGGCCAGAUUUGGCGCUGCCAGCACCAGCAGCUAUGGAGACGUUGUGUCUCCGGGCGUGUACAGCUUCCGGCCGACCAAUCGGGGGAGCCUCUUUGGGUCUUCUCCAGGGGAUGAGAGCCAGCACGGCGCUUGGCCCUCUCCAUCUUGUUGGACGAUGGCGAGCCAUGCCUACGACUACCGCUCCGUGGCCUUCCAGUUCACAGACUCCCGCAUGCCCACCAUUCUGCGCCCAGCUAUCCAGGGUGAUGAGCGGUUGCUGAAGCUGUAUGAGAGCGGGCUGCCAGCCUGGGCCAUCUACAUGCCUCUGUACCGGCUGCCUUACCGACCCUGGAUGCGCACUGUCAGCUACUGCCUAUUUGUUGCCAUCUCAGUCUUCUCCAUGGUGAUGGGCUUCUACGACCUCAUCAAGAAUGUGCCCUACCUUCACAAGGUGUUGAGCAGCCUGUCGCUGCCAUCCUCUGCCAUCUUUGCUUGGCUAGACAGCCAUGUGCAAGUGCGAUUGUCCAUCCUCUUUGCCUACCUCUUUGGCAAGAGCCAGCUCUUCAUGCAGCUGCUGCGAUGGCUGGGCCAUGCAUGGGCGCUGCUGCGCACAGGCCUGGAGCCCUUCGUGUCCUUCCUUGGGCCCCCGCUGCAGACCGCCUGGGAGGCGCUGCAGAUCUUCGGGUCAAGCUUGCACAUGAUAGCGACCGCAUGGGGUGCCGUCCUGUGUGACAUGCUGUACUUCUUCCUGGGGCCCCCGGCCCGUGCGCUGCUGGGCUUCUUCAAGGUCAUCCUCGAGCUCGUCAUGCCCAUCUUCCGGCUGGUGAAGCUGGUGGUGUUGGGCCCGUUCUCCAUGGUGGGUGCGGCGCUGCAGUGGGCCUGGGGCAGCAUGAGGAUUCUGUGGGCCGCUGUGCUGGCGCUGGUCAGCGCGACACGCAGCGGAUGGUGUGCCAUGUCCGCAGUCAGCCAGGGGACGCGCAACGUCAGCGAGCAGGCCAGCACUGAGAGCGGUGCACAGCAGAGUCCUGCCGCUGUGCCGCAGCAGCCAGGCCUGGUUCUCCGGGGUGAAGAGGCGGACAGUUUUGAGUAUGGAGGUGUGGAGGAUGAAAGCAGCUUGUAG